UCACAGAUGACACAAUGACACAACAUCAAUACACUUUAAUUGUCCCGUUGUUGGUGUUGGUGUGGUUCUCGCUGACUGCAUUGAACAACAUCUUUAUGAAAAAUGUGAUGUCGCAGACAGUAGGGGGAUUUUGCAGCUGUAGUAUCGCUGCUUCCAGCAGUUUUAUAGCUUUACUGUGCCUGGGCGUUGUACACAUAGUAUCUCCACAGACGUUGAUAUCUACGCCUUCGUUUAAACGCUUAAUACCCGCGGCAGCAUGCUAUUCAAUUGCCAUUUACUUGUAUGCAUUCGGUUUACAAGGCUUGCCUGUCGUUUUAACUCAAGUACUGAAAUCCCUUGAACCGUUUAUGGCGGUGUGCUUGUCUUUCUUAAUCCAGGGCUAUACCAUCUCUAUUAUGUCGGUUUUGAGUAUACUCGUUAUAAUACUGGGGGUCUUUGUGACAUUCACAAACAUCGAUAUUGUUAGUGACAAUAUUGAUAUCAGUCUAUUUUACGUGUGCCUUAUAUUGGGCUCGAGUUUCUUGAUACAACUACGCAAUGUUCUGUGCAAAAUCAUGUUCGUCAGAUCUGGCAAUGAUUCAGUUCUACUGUCCAUGGCCACGUUUGUCAAACUUUCUGCUAUGGGAUCGAUAUUAUCGAUACCUAUCGCACUACUGGAGCAAAUGUCAGAUUAUAGUUCAGUAUUCGGAGAGGGAUCGUGCAGUACCUUUAAUGUGGCAGCAGCUGGUUUAUCGCAGAUCGGUUACAGCAUUGCCUCAUUCGGUGUACUGGCCCUCGUUACGCCCGCAACGCACAGUGUUCUGAACACUCUGAAACGAUUUGUGACCAUAUUUGCUGCCGUCAUCAUUCUAUCCGAAAGGCUCCGCUUGUCACAGACUAUAGGGGUGAUGAUUGCCCUUGUGGGAGCCACACAGUAUGCUUUGGACAAAAACCUCAGCAAACUUGCCGCAGCCGAGUCGCAGAAAUCGGUGUCUUUGGUUUUAACCAAAAUUGGGAACGCGAAGACAAUAAUAACUGUUGCCAUCGUGAUACUUGCGACGCUCUUUGUAGUUGGAGGGAUACCCCUUAAUAAGUUGGGUAAUACGGAUCUUAGGGAUCUCGAUUCCAGAGUACCGAACUAUUUAUCCGAGUAUCAGGGGAGACGGAGGGUGGCCAUGUUUGGACCUCAUGAUCGUUUCAAUUUCGGAGAUUUGAUCUUCACCAAGGUGGUUAAGCGCCUAUUGAUGGAUAAGGGUUAUCUGGCUGACGAACUAGUGAUGACGGGGAUGAUAGACAAGGAUAUGACUGCCUACGGGGGAGAGCCCAGUAUACUCUCUACAAGACACGUGGUGGCACUCUCUCGCAAUCAGACGCAGACCAAACAGGGGCCGUUUGACCUGAUAUACUUAGGCGGUGAAUCACUGAACUGCGAUGCUUCGUGUGGUGUGUCCAUGUUAGGGUUUCCAGCGUCUAGUCGACAGCAGUUGCUCAAUGAUCAGCUAGGUAAGUGCGCGUACUUGUUUGAGAAAUCGCACUUGCUGCCACCGGGGUGGGCCGAUCCAAAUGUACACCCAGUGUCUAUCAUGAACUCAGUGGGGGCUGCGGCAGGGCAAAUAGGCCCUUACUGUCGCAAGGCCGUAGCGUCCGCAGAUUACAAAGCCACCAGAGACGCGGCUCUCAUAGGCGGCAGGUCAGGUAUAACCGGGAUUGUGAAUGUGCCGGAUUCGGCGGUGAUGGUCAAUGCGUUGCUUGCGGACGAAGUGACUGCAUACACCACCACCGGCCAAGUGGCGGAAGUCCUAGCGACGACAAAGGGCAAGUACAUCGCAUUCCAAAUGAGGAACAAGCAGUCGCCAGCCGAGUAUUUUGCCGCAUGGCUGGAUAAGGUCUCCAAGAAGGCCAAGAUGCCGGUGGUCAUGUUCUGUGCGGGGACAGCCCCCAACCAUGACUCCAUGGCGUACUACGACUCCAUAGCCAUGCUCAUGUCUACCAACCCCAUCGUCUUCCGUGAGGAGAAUGUGUGGAGUGCCAUUGCGCUGAUAUCACGUGCUACGCUCGUGCUGUCGUCGAGCUUGCACGUGCGUAUCAUGGCGUAUGUACACUAUGUACCUCGUUUCACGCUGUGUGGUGCCACCGGCAAAUUCGCCGCCUUUGUGGACUUGUUCGAAGCGGCUGACGCCUUGAAAUGCCAGGGAUGGGUGAGUCCGGAUGUGGCUUUGAGCGCCAUGACGAAGGACGUGCAGUUGACUAAACAGGCGGUCGAGCGAACGGUUGGUCUGUACAUGGCGAGUUUUGAGAAGUGGUUUGCGCUGCUGAAUAAGUAGUAUAUCGGCUUAGUGCCGGGUAGCGUAUAGUAGUAGAAUAACGUAUGAUAAGUUGUCCUGUUGAUUAGUAUGCCCAAUACCAGCAUACGGGGUGUAUACAUAUGCCCAAACCGAUCGGGGAUGCAUCAUAAGAUAGGAUGCGAAGUGUGUCUGGCCGUGUGUUUAGCGUUCCAGGGAGUUGCGCACGUGUGGCUGAUCCAUGCGUUAGGUAAUCCGAUAGCGAACUGACCCACUACGUACUGACGGAUGGCAAAGUUAUCUCACAUAACACUAAUACUCAUCGAUCGAUCGAGUUGCAGUUGGUCACUGCUGAAACUACAGGGAUCAAUGACUUGCCUAGAAAUUCAUCUCCUCACUCAGAUGAGUUUAUAAUUAAGCUUGAUUAGUGCAAGCCAGUUUCGAAGCCAAACGAUAUUGGUAAGCAACGCAGUAAAUAUAGAUAAUUAUAGCACACCG